AUGCUGUUCUUACCACUGAGCAUAAUGCUGUUAUGCGGCUUGUCAGCUGGGUUUCACCCCGCGUCAAUCAAUAGGUUUAUUGAUAAUGGUGACAAUGUAAUGAGGCUGCAGCCAAGCACGGAUUUGCUGAAGACAAGCAGGCAGAAUAUUCAUGCACGGUACUCCAAGGUCGGACAGUGUGCUGAUGGUAUUUUGCGUACUGUGGCCGAUGGUAUCGAACUAUGUGCAUCAGAUGGUCUUCGUAGCUCGGUUGAGCACCAUGAUGAGUCGAAAUCGAACUCCGAUGAGAAACCUAUACAAGUCGAAAUUAAACCCGGAGUAUCGACUUUGUACUCCGAUGCUAAUAACCUAACGUAUUUGGUAGAUGUAGUAAUAGCAGGAGACACUUACCCACUUAUACUUGAUACCGCAUCUGCGUUUAUGUGGGUCUAUGGAGAGGAAUGUUUGUCGCCUGCAUGCCAAAACAGGAAGCGUAUUGCAACUCACAAUAUGAUCCCAGAGGCCGACUCGCGGUUCACUCUGAGCUACAUUUCAGGCGUUGUUACUGGCGAGAUCUAUCGAAGCCAUGUUAUAUUUAAUAAUAUGUCCAGUGCGAAGAACUUUUCCUUUGCAGUUGCGAACGAAGUUCCUGACAUGUUUGAUGAUUAUCCCAUGAGUGGAAUAUUUGGUCUGCCGUCCAAUAAACACCCAAAUCUCGACUGUAUCCUGUCGUCGCUAUGGAAGGCAGGGUCUAUAAAGGAACAGAAGUUUGCUAUAUCAUUGGGCCAUGUAGAUUCGGAUGAUGAAAAACUCCGUUUAAACACUGGUGUAUUCUCUAUUGGAGGCCCAGUGGAAGGUCUUUACAAAGGUGACUUUUACAACGUACCAGUCCAUAGUAGUGCGGCCGGCUAUUGGAAUGUUACCGUUGACGCACUUUACGUUGAUGAGAGCGCAGUUUUGAUUCCUAGAGGAAACACUUCACUAAACUCUUACGAGCAGAAGUCUGCAAUUAUUGAUACAGGGACUACGUUGAUGAUUCUGCCAACAAGUGAUGCAAUUUUACUACACUCAUAUUUUCCAAAUUCAAUGUCUGAUGGGAAAAACUUCGCCAUUUACUGUAAUUGUACUUCCGAUCUAGUGGUAAACCUGAAUAAUAAAAACUGGACUAUUCCAUCAACUAGUUACCUUGGUAAAGAAUAUCCAAAGGAUAGUGGUUUUGAAGGCUACUGUGUAUCGAAUAUACAGGGCUCAGAUAUAAUGUCUUCAUGGAUCUUAGGCGAUAUAUUUUUGGAAAAUGUAUAUGUCGUUUUUGAUCUCGAUAACCAACAACUUUCAUUUGCAGAGAAGAACCAUAACGUAAAGCUAGUAAGGCAAGAUUCAAGUGGGGAGCAAUCAUGCCCAGCAAGAAGUUUAACUGGCAGUUCACCAGUCUCUCGCAAUGGUGCACUGGUUAACACCAAUUCCAGUUAUAUGUAUGCAUUUGUGCUAUCCAUUCUUAUGUUAUUGUCAUAG